AUCAUGUGCAUAACGAUAUGAGGUUGAAAAAAUGAAUUCAAAAUUAGUCACACUAUAAAUAGCACAACUUGUUAUUCUAUGAUCUAUUCUAUCGUGUGGAACGUUAAAAUCACUAUAUGUAUUGAAUUUAAGAUAUUAGUUUUACUACUUUUAUCAGAGCUUGGAAUCUUAAUUCAUCUAUCGCAAGUUUUCAUAACAGCAAAAUAGUUUUGUCAAACAGGAACAAUAAUGGUCUCAUUUAAACAUAUUCUACUUUUGUCUGGAUGUGUCAUGGUUAUAAACGGACAAUUAGAAAGCCGGCUAGGAUCACCGCAUAAUCCGCUGGAAUGUGCUACUGUGCAGUGCCAAAAGCCAAACUGUACGAACCCGAUAUCUCCUCAUGGAGCAUGUUGCCAAGUAUGUCCUCCUACUCGUACAUUGCCACCUAAUUGCGCUGCCGUUCUUUGUGCUCAACCAGACUGUUCAUACGCUGUUACACCACCAGGGGAAUGCUGUCCACGUUGCCAAGUUUCAAAACCUGGCAGAUGUCCGCUUCCCAGUAGGUUUGGAAUAUGUGUAGAUUUAUGCAGAGACGAUUCCAGCUGCAUAGGGAGACAGAAAUGCUGCAGCAGUGGUUGUGGUCAUAUGUGUAUGCACCCUGAAGGCAGAGGGAAAUGCCAUGGUAUUGUGUGUCCUCCAAUAAGAUGUGCCAAUCAGUAUACACCUCCGGGGCAGUGCUGUCCAGUGUGCAGACCAGACAGACCACGUAUUUGUGAAAGAGUGAGAUGCGCAAUACCUAGGGGCUGCGACACAUAUACUCCAAGAGGGAGAUGUUGUCCUGUCUGUAUAUCAGAUAGACCGCCUAUUUGUGACUUCGUGCGAUGUGCAAGACCUAGUGGCUGUGUUGACACAUAUAUUCCAAAAGGAGAAUGUUGUCCAGUCUGUAAAAUAGAUACACGACCACCUUUUUGUGAUAGAGUUAGAUGCGAGAGGUUCAUUACCUGCCUUGAUGAGUAUAUUCCAAGAGGCGAAUGUUGUCCUGUCUGUCGAAGAGGUAAAGAGUGUCACCGCGUCUACUGCCGUCCGCUGCCGUGUCGGAAUCAAUAUAUACCUCCUGGGCAGUGCUGUCCGGCUUGCAGAAGACGACGGAGACCAGACUGCAGCAGGGCUUUAUGUGCUCAGGUAUUCUGUAAAGGAAGGUACAUUCCCCGAGGAAAGUGUUGUCCAAUAUGUCCACGCUAUAUAUACUGAUGACGUAAUUUCUACUUUUGUGAAUAUAGUAUACACCAUUUCCUGCUGCUUGCCAACAGUCAUCUGUAACAAUAUUCUAGAUAUAAAAUGAUUGAAAUGUACCCACAGAUGCGUAUUCUGCAAGAUAGACGAACAGUGGAAACUAAUAAAUUUGUUGUUGACAUUUAACAGCUCAGUUUGAUGUGUAAAUGUUUCAAACUUAUCAGGUCAUGUUGGCCUAACGAGGACAAGUGUCGUCAUAUGUCCAUCUGUUAUUUAUUAAUGAAUCAUUAUUCAUGUAGACGAACUUUUAAAGUUAGAACGUCCGCUUGAUUUAAAAAAUAUAUGUGAACACUUUUUCUGCAGGCCAGUUUAUAUUCAGAUUCAGUCAGUCAGUUCGAAAUAAGUGUCACGUGUUACUUGAAAACACACAUGGAAGCUUGGUUUGUAGCCAUAAUUGCCAUUGUCUGUAAAUGUUAAAGAUAUGAUGUCUGUCUAUUACAACCUAUAGCGUACUUUACCGAAUUGAAUUUUAAUAACUAAUUUUGAAGCAGUAUGCUUUGCGUAUCAUUAAGUUAAGAUGUGUCACACAAUAACGGUGCACAGUUUGCUGUCGUAAAUAUUUUACUACCCUAGCAAGUAGUAAAAGGCGAAUAUUUCGGCCUAAAAUUAUUUUGUUUACUAUUACAACUAUUCCAAAUAUUGCCAAAUUUCUAAACAGAAAUUGAUUUUUUACCUAAAAUUAUUUUAUUACUGUUUUCCAUGGAACUGUCAUUAAUUGAUCACAGAAAUGUUGAUUACACUGUUACCUGGCAAGCAUAUUUUAGCAAAGUGAGUCACGCCAGACUGUUUAUCUGUUUUAUCUGUUAGAUUGGACUUAUUAUUUUUGUUUAUUUCAGUACUAGUCAUGUACAGUCCAUAAAAUAAACAAACGUGUUUGUAAACAUGGACGGAUCCAAACGGAAGGGGAAGAAGCAUUUUAUAGAAAUAUUCCGAUGGCAAAAUACAAUACAU